AUGCCCCUGAAUAGCGCAGGCCUCCGGCCCCGCCACAGUGUCCUCCGAGGGGCGGGCGGUGGGGACAGCGCGGCCCUGAAGCAGGAGGUGACUGAUGGUGAGGGAAACCGCCAGGCUUUCCUUUCAUUGCGUUUGACCCUCACUAAGUUUUCUGAAACGAAGAUGCUUCAUUCACAUUCCUCUCUUUCUGAAUUGUCGGAAAGUGUAGUGAAAAGGCAACGGGAUUCAAAGAUCGUCAGAGCCGAUAACUAUACCACCCACCAGAUGGCGCUGUUGCUCCAUCGGAAAGGGCGGGCGGCGGGGCUCCUGAGUUACUGGCCAGAGACCGGAGCCCAGACACGGGACAGGGAAACGGCGAGAGCGGGCCGUGGUCUGUGUGUUCUGUCGCCCUGA